AUGACAAUUUAUGAGUCCUUAGUGGCGUCCUUCGCGAAUUUGGUGGUGAUUUCUGCAAGUGGAGAGUGGAGGAAUUUGAGGCAAGAGAUGAAUAAUUUUGGACUUGGGAAGAAAUCAUAUGUUAUGACGUUGAUUGGGACAGCAAUUUCUUGGCAAUUUUUCACAGUUGGUUCAACUGGAUUGAUUUUCAAGGUGUCUUCAUUGUUCUCCAAUGUGAUUGGCAUUCUUGGGGCACCUGUUUUCUCUAUUUUGUUUCUUCAUGAGAAGAUGAGUGGUGUUAAAGUGAUCUCUAUGUUUUUGGCUAUGUGGAAUUUCUUGUCAUAUAUGUAUCAGCAUUACCUUGAUGGUUUGGAAAAUAAGGCUGAGAAAAGUCUGGUGCGUGAAGUAUCUUGUGUUCAGGCAGAGUCUCAUGAAGGAUCGCAUCCAGAGGGGUGUGCUGUAGACAGCUUAUCCUGA